CCCUCUACAAGCGACAAGUCUUACAGCAAGCAAAACGACUAAACACAUCCCCCGCAGACUGGAGCCACAAAAACAUUAUCCUCCCAUCUCAUGGCUCCAUCUCUAUCUUCUACUUCGGCAUUUCCAUGCUCAAAUUCUCACUGCAAUCCAAGCCUGCUUCUAAGGUGUGAAUCAUCAUCGCCUGACUCAAGGCUGCCGGCAAGAACAUCGAGACUUGAGAUAGGGUCUCCCAUAAUUGUGGUUGAAGCACCCAAAAUGGUGAAGACUGCCGCAUCAGUUCCAUGCCUCAGAGUUAAUGCCGGCUUGGUCAAGCCUGGGGAUGUUGGAAGAAUUGUUUCAAGAAAGCCCAAGGAUGUGUGGGCAGUUCGUCUGGCUAUUGGCACCUAUCUCUUAGACAGGAAAUACUUCAAACCAUUGGAGUUUGAUGAAUGAAUCUGAUUCACAAUAGCUUCAAGAGGUGGUUGAUUCUAUGGGCUCCGACCUUCAGAUUUGAUGGAGCAUAGUUGAUGGUUUUCAUUUUUUGUUCAUAGUUUUACUCCUUUUGCUUGCUCUUUUUGAUUACAUUUUUAGAUUCUGGCUUCGUUGACAAUGUACGGCAGCUGUUUUCGGCUCGACUUGGGUUCCUAUUGUGGGCUUUGAUUAUCAAUAAUAGGUGUUUCUGACUUUCCUCAACUUUCUAUUUUGGGCUUUGCUUUAAGCAAACGAUGACUGCCGGCUCCUUGCUACGCUGCAUGUCAGUUGUGCUUCCGUGACGUGUUCAACUAUUUGAUUUUUGUUGUAUAGUAAUAGUACCCUACUAGAUAUGUGUUUGGGUUUGUUGAAAUUUUUUCUUCUGCUUUGCCUAGGGUUCUUUUAGGAUUUGUAAAGAAUAAUUAAUGCAUUUUGGUAUUUUUGCUCUAUUUAAUCCAUUCAAGAACCUUCAUGUCUA